AUGGACAUGUUCUCACUUAAUAAUCGAACCGCUCUGGUGACUGGCGGGACUAGAGGAAUCGGCCAGCAGAUGGCAAUUGCCCUGGCUGAAGCAGGAGCUGAUGUUGUUCUCGUCCAGCGCGAUACCUCAAACCAAGAAACGAAGAACAGCAUCGAACAGCUCGGCCGUAAAGUAACCAUCUACACAGCCGAUCUCUCCUCCCGUGAAGCUGUUUCCUCCCUAGUCUCGACGGUGUUGAAAGACGGCCACGAUAUUGAUAUCCUCCUCAACUGUGCUGGCAUCCAACGACGCCAUCCAAGUCAUGUCUUUCCUAUAGAGGAUUGGGAUGAGGUCCUCCAAGUCAACCUCUCCACCGUAUUCACACUCUGCCGCGACAUCGGCGCUUACAUGCUCACCCGAACCCCCGAUUCUUCCAACCACCGCGGUAGUAUCAUCAACGUUGCCUCGCUCGUCUCUUUCCAAGGUGGCCUGACAGUCCCGGCUUAUGCAGCCGCAAAAGGAGGCGUGGCACAGUUGACAAAGGCUUUAUCGAAUGAGUGGGCGUCCAAGGGAAUCAACGUCAAUGCCAUUGCUCCCGGCUAUGUAGCCACCGAUAUGAACACGGCCUUGAUAAAUGAUAAAGAGCGGGCGGCGAGUAUCCUUGCUCGUAUUCCAGCCGGACGAUGGGGGAGUCCAGAGGAUUUCAAGGGAGCAACGGUGUUUCUGGCCAGUCGUGCCAGUGCGUAUGUCAGUGGGGAAGUGUUGACUGUUGACGGCGGGUGGAUGGGGAGGUAG